AUGAGCCCAGCACGUUCUCGGCCCCUCAGCUACACUCAGAAUAUCUGCGUGUGUCUGCAUCAUCCAUACCUGAUGUUCGCUAUGGAGCUCUGUGAGAUCAAGGCUCGAAUACUCAAGGAUCCAUCAGCACUCGAGGAAGUCUAUGUCCCUCCUACGAGCAACUACAUGAAGCUCCAGAUUAUACACAAGAGAAACUAUGUUUUGCAAGAUUCCAAUGGACUUGACCUCGCAGUCCUGAACCAGAAAACAACGGACGCCUUGCGUAGUCUCGAUAGCUUGGGAUCCAUCAGUUACGAGGCUUACGUGGCAUCACAGGACUGGAAAUUGGGAAUCAAUACCGCGAAGAACGCCGCUGGAACUGCGGUGGUUGAUAUUGAAAUCAAUGUCCAUGGCCCAUCUACUAAAGCCGAAGAGGUGGGCCGGAGUUUGUCAAAUGCACAUCUUUUCUUACAGAGGCCUUCCGUCCUUGCCAUCGGCGCAACCUAUCAGAAUCCACACGUCAUACACUUUGCAGAGAUUCAAGGGGCCAGUUUCGACCCCGCUAUACCAAAUGCACCAGAGCUAGUCGCCUCAAGUACAAGGAAGCUUGAUAUCCAGGAUGUCCUCGGUGGUCUCGACCAGAGCGGAAACCUAAAAUCAAUCACUGUGGAUGAACGAUUAAUCAGAACCAAGCUUCGUGAACACCAAAAGGAGGCAGUUGACUUCAUCAUUCGGCGUGAGGCGGCUGCAACGUCACUGGCCUUUUCUUUAUGGAAGCCAUGUCAAAACAACCCACAGCAGCAUUGUUUCCGACAUGUUGUGCUGGACAUCAAGAAAGAGUACCCACCGAAAGAGAAUUUUGGCGGUAUCAUUGCAGACGAGAUGGGUUUGGGGAAAACGCUUUCGAUGCUAGCGGCCAUAACUGUUACAAACGAAGAAGCAAAUAGCUUCGCCGGCAGCGUCGUUGGCGACUUAACGCAAUCAAGAGCAAAAACGACACUCGUCAUUGUCCCUUCAGCAUUGAUCCUACAAAACUGGAUAUCUGAGAUAGAAAGGCACUGCACUCCAGGGACGUUCCGGUAUCUGAAAUAUCAUGGUGCUCGCCGCCCAACGGAGACUGCGGCAAUUCUGGACAAAGAUGUGGUGUUGACAACAUACGAGACUUUGUCUGCGGACUUUGAUAGAGGAGAUAGCGUUCUGUACCGGCUCGCUUGGUUUCGCAUUGUCCUCGACGAAGGUACGGAGUAA